AUGGUGGAAACAGGUCACCAUCAUCAACAUCCACCGGCGCCAGGUGCCGUCGGUCCUCCGCCGAUAUCUUCUAUGGGCAUGGCGGUUUCAAGAGGACCCACUUGGCCACCGGCCGAGCAACUCCAUCAUCUUCAGUACUGCAUCCACUCUAACCCUUCAUGGCAUGAGACGGUUGUACUAGCUUUCCAGCAUUACAUCGUGAUGCUCGGGACUACUGUUUUGAUUGCCAACACGCUUGUGCCUCCAAUGGGUGGAGAUCCUGGUGAUAAAGCGCGGGUAAUCCAAACGAUAUUGUUUAUGUCCGGAAUAAACACGUUGCUACAGACGCUAAUAGGCACAAGACUUCCCACGGUUAUGGGAGUUUCGUUUGCGUAUGUUCUUCCUGUCUUGUCUAUCAUCAGAGAUUACAACGAUGGUCAGUUUGAUUCUGAGAAGCAGAGAUUCAGGCAUACUAUAAGAACUGUACAAGGAUCUCUAAUCAUUUCUUCAUUCGUCAAUAUCAUAAUUGGAUAUGGUCAGGCAUGGGGGAACUUGAUAAGAAUCUUUAGUCCCAUUAUUGUUGUGCCAGUGGUAACGGUUACAAGUCUUGGCUUGUUCCUUAGAGGCUUCCCUUUGCUUGCAAACUGUGUGGAAAUUGGACUACCGAUGCUGAUUCUGUUGAUCGUCUCACAGCAAUAUCUUAAAAUGGUCAUUCCAAGGAUACAUAUGAUACUUGAAAGAUAUGCUUUGCUUGUUUGUCUUGCACUCAUAUGGGCUUUUGCUGCUAUCCUUACUGUUUCUGGCGCUUAUAACAAUGUUUCGGUUGCCACAAAACAAAGUUGCCGCACAGAUCGUUCGUUUCUUAUGUCCUCAGCUUCCUGGAUUAGUAUCCCAUACCCGUUCCAGUGGGGGACUCCGAUAUUCAGAGCGAGUCAUGUUUUCGGAAUGUUUGGUGCUGCCAUUGUUGCAUCUGCAGAGUCUACCGGAGUGUUUUUCGCUGCAUCUAGACUAGCAGGAGCGACAGCACCUCCAGCACAUGUGGUCUCUCGUAGUGUCGGGCUUCAGGGUAUUGGUGUCCUUCUUGAAGGAAUCUUUGGUUCCAUUACUGGCAACACCGCGUGUGUAGAAAAUGUCGGUCUCCUUGGACUUACACGAAUAGGGAGUAGAAGAGUGAUUCAGAUCUCAACCGGUUUCAUGAUAUUCUUCUCCAUAUUUGGAAAGUUUGGCGCCUUCUUUGCGUCUAUACCGCUCCCAAUCUUUGCAGGCAUAUACUGUAUACUACUUGGAAUCGUUGCUGCUGUCGGAAUAUCGUUUAUACAGUUCUCCGACACAAAUUCGAUGAGAAACAUAUACAUAAUCGGUGUCUCUCUCUUCUUAAGUCUCUCUAUCGCUCAGUACUUUUAUUCCAACACCACAAGAGCAGGUUAUGGACCUGUUAGAACUGGAGGUGGAUGGUUCAAUGAUAUACUCAACACGAUCUUUGCUUCGGCUCCAUUGGUGGCGAUCAUUGUGGCGACCAUACUAGAUAACACGUUGGAUCCGAGAAAGGCGGUUACCGAAAGAGGAAUCUCGUGGUGGAAGCCGUUCCAGCACAGGGACGGAGAUGGCAGGAACCAGGAGUUUUACAGUUUUCCCCUUAGAAUGGAUGGUUACUUACCGACAAGGUUCCUGUGA